AUGUCGUCUCCUUACGCAGGUCUUCCGCUCCGGCACCCUGAUAAGCAAAUCAGAUUGCUUCGGCUGGAGCAAUCAUCACCUGAUGGCGAUGACUAUUGCUUCAGCCUGACGGUUCACAACUUUUGCGAUGAUGCAUAUCACCCACGAUUACAUUGCCAUUUCGUACACUUGGGGAGAUUUUGUCCCACUCAUGCCGAUAAUAGUAAAACGAUGAGACACCAUGGCGUUACCGAUUAUUUGUGGAUCGAUUCAUUGUGUAUCAAUCAAGAUAACAAUGAAGAGAAGAACUUUCAGGUGGCUAUCAUGGGUUCGAUAUACAAAUCGGCAUUGUGGGUCGCAAGUUGUAUUGGUACUGGUGACACGAUCGGUGCCAUACAGCCCACCUCAGCAAGCGAUGGCGACGAAGAGGCUAGAAUCGCCAGGGAGAAGAACUCGAGAAGGUUUGAAUUAAAAUUACCAUAUUUCGAUAGUAGACCAUUUGAGCAACGAGUGUCGGGCAAGACUAGAAGAGAGUGCGUGCGAUUUGGUUAUGCCCGCUAUGCUCUGGAGAAUCCGAAGAUGCUUCAACCUUACAACUUUGCAAUAUCGCUCAAAUCAAAAUCCGGUACAUUCGUGGAUUUGGUUCUCCGGUAUAAAACUGCCAAGGCUACCAACCCCAGAGACAAGAUAUACGCACUUCUCUCUCUGCUUCCAAAGGAGGAUCUCAUCCGACAAAACUUGGUAAUUGACUACGAACAACCUACAUUUCAUCUGUUUCACGCCGUUGCAAGAUUAUUGUAUAGUACAUAUGAAGAUUUGGAAAUUGGACAGAAGCAUCAGGAAUUGUGCCAGAUUCCUCAACAGAAUGAACUCCACGCCAAUCUUAACAUCCAAGCUGAGGAGUACGCGCCUUUAACAUUGCUCGAACAUAUAAAUACGUGGCGGCAGGAAAAUGAGAAAUGGUCUAAAGAGCAUAUCAAUGAACUCUUGCCUGCCAAUUUAAAGACAUCAAGAGUUACCAUCAUGUGGCCGAAUCUACAGACGGAUAUCUUUCCAGCCAUGAAGGAGUUUCUUGUCAAUGCAGAUGUUCGAGACGGAGAUUCCAUUGCAAAAGUAGUUUUGGGUAGAUCCGAAAUUAUAUACAACGCCGCAGACCAUUGGACUGCGGCAUAUGCUGUUUUGCGCACGGUGAAAGUUAAGCAUGACGACAACGAACUAGGCAAAGAUGAUGACUCUAUCAUGGAUACUUCUGACGACGUUCUCGACGGCUCAUCGAAUCGCGAGUCAGAACAAGAGCAAGGCGCUGAUGUUCUUCUCGCACUCCAUAGCUGGGCCAUUCCGGUGAGCCAAGACCUCAAAAUUCUGACAAUAGGUGAAAAUUCGGAUCUCUCUGACAUAUAUCGGAACCAAAAUCCGGGCGUAUUAAUUCUACAUCAUCGAGACGCCUUGAUACCGCUGAUUUUGGACGAUAGACCAUUACAUGCGUUGCUGUAUCCCGCCCCCGCUGGAUCAUACUUAUCAACUAUUCAAUUAGACAACAAUGUGGAAUGCAAAACUAGUCCUCCUCUAAAACAAUUGUCCGACUUUAUCAGUGACGUGUUUGGGUGA